AUGAUGUCAGCAGCAGUCUCGUCAACUGUCUGUUCGUUCUUUUCGGCGUUCCGGGUGAGAGGGGCCUCUUCUCCCUUGGAAGCCUCUCCGAGGGUCUCCACUCCAGCGUACGCAGCCGUGGAAGAAGAAGCGCUCUCGUCUCGUCUCGCCGCAGUCACAGGGCCGUGCGCGUUUGUAUCUCCCGAACAGAAUGUGGUGCUGCACACAGAUCUGUCGCGCGAGAUUUCGGCGGACACACUGACACCGGGGGCCACUUGUCCCUCCAGCACGGGAUGCGGCAGCACUGCCUUCAGUCCGAACUCGAGCACCAGUGGAACCGGAACUGGGCAAGGGGUGGUGCGAAGGAAGCAGCUGUCCGGUGCUCAGAAGAGAAAGCGAAAGCGGGAACUGUUGGCGAAGAAUCGCGUAGAACCUGCGUCCCUGUUCUCUUUCCUCUCGACGACAGUAACUUCCGAGGCGAUCUACGAAAACUGGCAAGACCUGAAUAGGGCCAUCCGAGAGGAGUCUGCGCGCUAUGAAGCUCGCACCCUGUCCGCUUCGUCUCCUCUCAUGAGCCAACCAGAAACAUCCACAGGGGGCGGGUGCUGCUGUUGCGCUAGGGCGCUUGUCUGUUGGACAGAAGAGAGAGGUGCCGGGUCUUCGGUGACACUGUGUGGCGCAGACGAGGACGCGGGAGGACAGAAACGACCUCGUCACUGUGACAUACUAGAAGAUUCGGGCGUGGAGGGAGGAAGCGAGCGUAAGAAGCACUGCUGUUCAAGUGGAGCCGACGAGGAGAAGAGACGGUUGCCGGUGAACCAAGAAAGGCUCCUGUCUCCGAGUUGCCACGCAAGCGGAAGAAGCGACAGCAGCACGCGGAACUGGUGCGUCAGCAGCCGGGAGUCGGGAAAGGAAGACGAAGACGACUGUGAAGAAGAUGAAGGUCACCGCCCUUGCCUGACGUCUCCCUCGGCUGCCACUUCGCCGACCUCGUGCGGCCUACGGCUUCCGUGCGCAAGCACACUGCGUGAGUCGUGGCGGCUGCUCCUGGACGAGAGCCGCAGUCACAGGAGCACCAGGGGGAGCAGCCACGACAGCCUCGAAGCGGUGGAUGUCUUGGAAAACAAAGAUGGCGCAGAGAGAGUUGAUGUGAACUGGCACGCGCACGGAAUCGAGCCGACAGGGAGUAGUGGUGCGGGGGAUGACGGCGCCGCGGUGAGCCACGUUCUCAGAUCUGCAGAGUCUGGAGGUGAUGGACAGCGGUGUCGAAGCGCGGGAGCCACGAUGGGAGAUGAGUGCUCUACCCAGCGGCCGUUGCUGCCGUCCCUCACCGGUCCAGGCACCCCGCUCUCGCCUCUAGCGACCGCAGAAGGCCGAGACCGCCUGAUAGAUUGCUUCUCGCCGUGCGGGGGCUCGAACGGGAGCUGCGGAAGCUGUAGCACCCGCCACUCGAGUUGUUGUUCGAGCUUGAGAGGCGACGGGAGCGGCGGCAGCUGCUGUUCUCCGCCUUCUCCGUUUCUCUCGCCGGUCUCGGAUGACGCGUCGAGCGUGACCUCUUCGGUGAGCCCGUCUUCGCCUCCAAGACUCCCGCGACAGUCCUCCGGUCCAGGCCCGGUGUCGCCCCACAGUUCUCCCCGACUCGUCGCGCGUUGUGUGUGCACACGUGAAAGGCGGGAUGAGCAGGUCCAUGACGGGGGCUUCCCGGCGCUGGCGCCUUUGCGGGCGUCGCCGGGGACCCCUGAGGACGAAGACGAGUUGGACGACCUGGCCCUGUGGCCCUCACAGAUCACCGAGGAACUCCGAUGGAGCCUCGUGAAGAAAGGCCCUGUUCAACUCGUCGAUUUCCCGUACCCUCGCGACGCCACUCAGAGACGGUUCGGUCGCCAGCACUACUGGCGCACGUUACCGUCGGGUGAGAAGCUGUGGAGAAGCUGGCUGGUGUACUCCCGGACUCGCGAUGCGGUCUACUGCUUUUGCUGCAAGUUGUUUUCCCAGUUGUCUAAAAGCGUGGUGACCACCGGCUUUCGACGGUGGAAAGGCAUCGCAGAAGUCCUGAGGAGUCACGAACAUUCGCGAGACCAUCGUAGCUGCAUGCUCCAGUGGAAAUGCCUCUGUCUUCGGCUCCACGCCGACGUGUCUUUCGGAGACCUCAAGCAGUUAUGUAUGACAACGCCGUCGUCAAAUGCGGUAGGCGGAGCUGUGAAGGGAGACGGCGACGACGGAGAGGCGAGAGCGGCUCCAUGA